AUGCAGAGCCUACACAGGGUUCCCAAAUUUGUGGUUGUACAGCUUCUUUGUAAGCUCUUCUUCCUCUUCACAGAAAAAAUCGUGUCGCUUCAACCCCCUUCUUCUCAAUCUGCGGCGAUGCUCUUCGUUUUCAUCGAUACACAACGGCGACUACAUCCUUCGUUUUCAUUUCUCAGUCCGUUUCAAUCUCUUCUAACUCUCUCAAUUCAGCCGUUAGCGACACGCUCCGCCACGACCACACAGCCGCUUCUCAUCUUGCCUUCAUUGAUUCAACUCACUUUCUCGAAAAUCCACCCCAAUUGUGAAUGGAAAUUCUUGAUUGUGGAUUCUUGA